AACAACAACAAAAUAAGUAACGGCACAGAGACAAAACUAAAAAAGAAAUACAGAGACUGUCUGUGUUGAGGUUUCUGAGAGAAACUGUGAAACCUUCGAUCUUGGUCUCCUUGUCGAUUUCAUUAUCUACAUUCUGACUAGGAUUCCAAAUUCCACGAAUUUGAAUUUUUAUCCUUUUUUUCAAUUCAAUUCAAGAUUCGUAGCUCACACAAUUUAGCUACCAAUUGCAAUCACAGGCAUUUGUGUAAAUAGAUUCGAGAUUCAUUUCAAUUUUUGAGUGCGGCAUUGUAUUGUUUCAGAGAGAUUAUUCUGCAUUUGUAAAUACUAUCGGAUUUGAUUGGAUUUCGAGCUCAUUUUCGUCAUUCGAGCUUGAUUCUUGAAUCAUUCUUUGCAUGUCUAUUGGGAAUUAUUGAAUUAUAGGCAGAGAUGGAUCCUUUAUCGUCCGUCAGUGAAGAGCUAGCGGAGAUCAAUGGGCAGGUCGCCGAUCUUUUUCGAGCUUUAUCAAAGGGAUUCCAGAAUUUGGAGAAGAUUAAGGAUGUCAAUAGACAGAGUAGGCAGUUGGAAGAACUUACGGGGAAGAUGCGGGAGUGUAAGAGGCUUAUCAAAGAGUUUGACAAAGAAGUGAAGGAUGUGGAGAGUAGAAAUGAUCUAGACACCAACAAAAUGUUGAAUGAGAAAAAGCAAUCAAUGGUCAAAGAGUUGAAUUCAUAUGUUGCUCUGAAAAAGCAAUACGCUACAAAUCUUGAAAACAACAAGAGAGUUGAUCUCUUUGACGGGCCUAAUGAAGAGUUACAUGACAACAAUGUGCUGCUAGCUUCGUCUAUGACAAACCAACAAAUAAUGGAUCAUGGAAAUCAGAUGAUGGAUGAGACUGAUCAGGCAAUUGAGAGGGGAAAAAAGGUUGUUCAAGACACCGUCAAUGUUGGAAGAGAAACUGCAGAGGCUCUUAAGGCUCAGACUGAACAAAUGAGUAGGAUUGUUAAUGAGCUCGACUCUAUCCAUUUCUCGAUCAAGAAAGCUUCUAAAAUGGUGAAGGAAAUUGGUAGGCAGGUUGCAACUGACAAGUGCAUUAUGGCAUUACUCUUCCUUGUUGUUAUUGGAGUCAUAGCAAUCAUUGUAGUGAAGCUGGUAAACCCAAAAAACAAGGACAUUCGGGAUAUUCCAGGUUUAGCCCCACCUGCACAGUCACGCAGAUUGCUUUGGAAUCCUAAUUAAGAAACAAGUUAGAAAUUGGGAUUGUCAGGAUCAAUUGCAAUCCAAUCAAUCUGGAUACUGCCUAGCUUUUGUUGAUGGUGGCAGCAGCCAGUGCUACAGAAUUGAUCCAGAGGAGUGUACCCAGUGUGUUUUCCAGAGGAGUUCAUAUCCUUAAAUAGCAAUCUCCGGAGAGUAAUCUACUGAAUAGCUUCAAUCGGAAGAUGUCUGCACAAAUAUCUUUGUUCACUGAGUGAAGGAAAAUUUAUCUUUACGCGAGAGGGGAACCUGUUUAUAUUUGAGAUUGUAAUGGUUCACAGAUCUGUAUAAUCACCCUUGCAUGAUUGUAGUUUCAUAAA